CAGGGCAGGAUAUAACAUAGCUGCUGUCCAGUUGCGUUCACCAAAACGGUGGAUGUAAAAGACGCAACAGUCCACAACUUCUGUUUUUGUUCUACAAUUUGGCGAACCCCAAGAAAGAUCCGCAGUCAAAUCUAACAAAAAUUAAGUUGAGUGAUAUGGAUACCCAAGCCAAUGGACUCAAACGACCCUGAGUUUUUACGGGGAACAAUAAUUUACAGUCCUUUGCUUCAUUGGGAUUGAGGAAAUGUUAAUGACCAGUGAUUCGUGUCAGAUGAGAGCAGAACGUCAGAUGCUCUUUUCUCCACGCUCUGUAGUGCGCUCCUAGAUUAUUAAGACUUAACAACUUUCAAGAUGCUCUGCUCUCUUCUCCGUGGGAUGUUACCAAUUGUCACAAUGUUGAUUUUCACACUUCUGACAGGUGUGCACUGCCAGGAGAUGUCCCGGGACACCAAGAACCUGGCUUCCUUCCCCGUCUACCCAACAGUGGUCUACCAGAUCCUCAACGCGGACCACCUGCUACUGAGGGAAAACAGUCAGGACAUGCUGGGGAACUCUAGCCUGCAAGCCCAGAGGCAGGCCUUCCUCAUCACCAACCCUGGAUCAGGCAUCCUCCAGCCGGCCGUCAAUGCCACUUUCGGCUCCCUGUCUGUGGAGAGACCCAUCAGCCCUGAGCUGCUCCUCAGCGGUCGCAGAAUCAUCCCGGUCAUCCUGGCCCGUCAGGUCCGCUCCUCAGCCCCAGUUAUCAGGGUCCUCUUCCACAUGCCCAGUAUCCCCCUAUCUGGAGGGGCUCAGAAGGGUGAGGAGGGAGGCAGUAGUGCUAGACGGGGAGUGGAGGAGGUGGCACACUGCGUGACAGCAUAUGCCUUCUGGGAAACAAGGGAAGUGCGAGGCCCCUGCCUGCUGUCGCCAGGGGGGUUCUGUGUGGCCCAGUUGAAGCCUGACCCGGCCUGGUUUAGUCCUGCCGGCCGCUCCUCCGGCUCCGGCAGCCGAGAGAGACGGGGAGAGAUACAGGGCAACCCUGUGGAGAUCUACUUCCAGAGCCGAAGGGACCGGGCGGGCCCAUGUGUGCCUCAGGACAGCCUGCAGCGGGUGGGAGUGGGGAGGGGCGACCCUGUGGGGGCUGGUGUAUCCAUGAGGCGGGUCGGGAGUGUCAGCCUCCUGAAGGCACCGUCUGGAAACCCUACGUUCUUGCGUCUGAGGCUAGGCGGUGCCAUGGUGGUCCAGACCUCAUCCAAACCACUGAGAACCACCGACGUGGCCACCUUCUAUGUUUUCCUUUCCAGUGUGUCUUCUGUGGAGACCUUCACUCUUAGAGCCACAGUAAGGAAGGGCAUGUCGUUCAGUGCAGCGAGGCCCAGUGACUCAGCCUUAUGGGACAUCGCCCUGGAGCCUGGCAGAGGGGGCUCAAACACCAUCUCUGUGGUGUGUCAGAGGAAGACCACCAUCACAGGCAAAAGGGGUCUACUGGAGGUCUUACAGCUGGACUUUGAGACUAAAGAGUUGACCGAGCAACAGUCAGAGAGCCAGAUGAUCACGUGGCGUUUUGAAACAGGAAACAUCAAGGACGUUGGCGUGAUGAGGAUUUAUACCACCCAGAGGGACUACGUGGGAUUGGCCCCAAUGGUCGUGGACAGUGACGUGCUGAACACAGCUGUUUUGACGGGUAAGAAGAUGUCUGUGCCAGUGAGGACACUGGCUGUAGAGGCUGACGGCUCUGUGAUGGAUGUCACCAACAACACCAUUUGCCGAUCCACUGACGAGAAUGUGCUGAAGGUGUCGGAUCGCUGUGACUACGUGUUUGUUAAUGGGAAGGAGACGAGGGGGCGGAUGAGGAUGGUGCUGAACUUCACCUACAGCUACCUGAGCGCUCAGCUGGAGAUGAAUGUGUGGAUGCCCCGCCUCCCCCUGCUCAUCGACGUGGCCGACCCCGAGCUCAGCCAGAUCAAGGGAUGGAGAGUCCCCGUGGCCGCCGGCAGCAGGAGGACUAGCUGGGACAGUGAGGAAGAGGAGGAGAUGAGGAGAGGAAGGGGCUGCAUGCUACAGUACCAGCACACCGUGGUCAGGGUGCUGACCCCCUUCGUGGCCGAGCCGUCGGAGCCAGCUCCUGACCCCACGCUGGGUGGAGUGGGGGGUCCUCUGGACACCUUCCUGGGGGCAGACUGGCUGGUGGAUGUCACCCGGCUGGUGCGGUACUCGCUCAGGGUGGGGGAUCCAGCUAUAGCCAGACUACAGUUGGGGACUCUACUGCAGGGACGCACUGCAGGGACUACCACUCUACAGGUGGUGUCUCCCCUGUCCGACUCCAUCCUGGCUGAGAGGAUGGUCCGGGUUCUGGAUGACAAAGUGAGUGUGACGGAGCUGGGAGUGCAGCUGGUCUCAGGCCUAUCUCUGUCCCUCCAGCUCAGCCCAGGGAGCAACAGGGCCAUCGUCGCCACGGCUACCACACUGGAAGUCAUGCAGAGACCCAAACAGGAGGCCCUGGUCAGCUGUUGGGUCCAGUUCAGCGACGGUUCAGUGAUCCCUCUGGACCUCUUUGACCGCAGUGUGUACUCCCUGACUGUGACCUCGGGGGACGAGAGUGUGGCGACUGUGCGCCGGACCCCACAGUCGACAUUUGUAGUGGCGAAGGGUGAGGGUCAGGGAGUGCUGGUGAAGGCUGAACUCAGGAUCUGUGAGGAGUGCCAAAAGUCCAAGAGGAAGAGCAAGCUGGUGGUGGGCAACGGGCUGCUCCGGGUCACUUUUCAGACGAGCAGCAGGGUUGACAGGGGAGGCCCUGGUGGGGCUGCUGCUGACCGUGGCGCCGAUGGGUCCGAGGUGGAGCCCACCCCAGUUGUAACCUCACCGUGGUCUCUGGCCGAGGGAGACGUAGACAUGAGGUCGUUCAGGAGUACCACGCCAUCCCUCCAGGAUGUCGCUGCGACGACUGGCAGGCCUCAGGAAGUGGCUGGAGGUGGCAUCUCUACCAUCGGAGAGGGCAUUGGCAGAACUACCACAAACGUGGACUUCAACGCCACCACAACCGUCUCACCUGGCACCGAGAAACCCCCUGUAACUGGCAGGCCUGGCAAGGACAGAACUCCAGGAAGAGGCCUGAGGAAAGACUGGGGUAACCUGGUGGAAAACCCUAACCAGAAGGAAGAGAUGCCCAGAGCAGAGGCCCCACCCCAGAUCGAGCAACCCAAGCAGUCCAAGCCCCCUCAGGUGGUGGAGAGUGACUUAGUGAGGACGUUCAGAGCCAUGUCAGACCUGGAGAUCGGUAUCUUCGCCCUGGUGGGCGUCUCUGUGGUGGCCAUCCUGGCAUUCCUCCUCAACUGUGCCUCCUAUAACCUCUGCUUCCGGGGCCAAAAGAGCCCCAUCCAGGGCAACCCAGACCCCAACGACCCAAAGGAGCACAGGCAUGACUGGGUGUGGCUGGGCACCACGGCUGAGUCUACACCAGGCAAACCGCCCCCGGUCUCCCUCCUCAAACGGGAGAACCAGCGCUCUAUGGACUCCCACUGCAGCCUGGAGAGCAGCCUGAGCAUGAGUGCCAUCCCAGAGAGGACAGCCACGCUGGGGAGGAGAAGCAGCUCCCAGCAGUUCCCCGCCAUGGACGCCCCGGCUCAGCGCUCCGCCACACUUCUGGCCAAGCCCACCCAGAAUAACCCCCUCCACUCCCCCACCAGCAAGAGAAACCAGGUGCAGUUCACCACGUUCACCACCCUGGACAUUAAGCAUCUGGCUGCCCUGAAGAGAAAUGGAGUGGACUUCAACUGGGCCAGUCAGGCCGGGGGACCCGAGGAGCACCUGCCGGGGCCACUGCCUGACAUGCCAUGCCCUGUAGUCACACCACUGGCCCAGCCACAGUGAGACACUGCACGGUUCUGAUUGCGGGCACGCAUGAGUGCAUUCAUUUGUGCACUGUCAAUGUGUUUAAGUGGUAAACGUCUUUAAGUUGGUAAGUUGACAUUUCACUACACACAGCAUUCUGUUAAUUCACACAUGUUAAAUGACCAAAUAUAUUACCAGACCUUGUGACUAUUGGGUAAUAAACAUUUGUAUUUGGUUUAACUGUAUAUAAUGUAUAUUUCAACAGAUUGUUUACAUAUUUAUAACUGUUAAUAUACAUUGCAUUACAGUUUCCUUUCCUUUGUACAUUUGUAUGGCUCCUAGACAUAAUAUAUUCUGAUUGAACUUUAUACCAGUUGUGAGGGCAAAAUACAUUAUUUGUAUGUGGUUAUACUGUAUGCUUCCCAGUUUUAAUAUAUUUGUACGAUUCCUCAACUGAAUAGCUAUAGAGUUUGUUAAAUUUUUCAGAGAAAAUGCAAUAUUUAUUACAUAUUUUAUUUGAAAGUUAUUUUACACAGACCUUAUGAGAAGAUAUUUAUUCAAAUUCUAUGUGCUAUACAGAGUUCAAGUAGAGUUUGAGUUGAAUUUUGCACCAACAAAACAAUAAAGUUACCUCUGCUACAAGA